AUGGGCAACAAGGCGAUGACUUUCACCGAAUCGCAGCUCGAAGACUACCAGGACUGCACUUUUUUCACCAGGAAGGAAAUACUUAGAGUGUAUAAAAGAUACAGAGCGAUUUGUCCCGAAGUGGUGCCCAAGAAAAUGACCGGAGACGAACCAGUGAAAAUCCGUGUGCCGCAGGAACGAAUCGAACAGUUGCCUGAACUUAAGGAAAACCCAUUUAAAGAACGAAUAUGUCAGGUAUUCUCAAAAGAAGGCAACGGGUCAUUGAGUUUUGAAGAUUUUUUAGACUUGUUGUCGGUGUUCAGCGAACAGGCUCCUAGGCAAAUCAAAGUGUACUACGCCUUUAAGAUUUACGAUUUCGAUGACGACCAUCACAUCGGGCCGGCUGACCUUGAACAAGUGCUGAAGCUGUUGACGCGAAGUCAAUUGUCGGCUGAGGAGAUUGUUCAGGUGUGCGAAAAAGUCAUUGAAGAAGCAGACGUAGACGGCGAUGGAAAAUUGUCGUACAUGGAAUUCGAACACGUUAUACUAAGAGCACCGGAUUUUUUGGGUACUUUUCACAUCAGAGUGUAG